GGGGUCAGAUUGUGUGCGGUCCUUUCUCCACGUCCUCCAAGGUCUAUGAAUGUCUUCUAAUUUAUUCCUGUUUGCCAAAAUGAAGAGUGCAAGCAUGGCGAGGUGUUUGUGGCAAGGAAGGACGGACUCAACGCCGUACCUGGGACUACAAAGUCCUGCUUGGUCCUGCAGGAAUGAGUAGGACUGGUGCAGAUACGGGUUUUUUUCCCCUCCUUGCAGUGCGUCACUUGUCAUUCAUCGUAAUGGGCAGGUGCACAUCUGACCUGGGAUCAGUUCUUGUGGGCAGGUGCACAUCUGACCUGGGAUCAGUUCUUGUGGGCAGGUGCACAUCUGACCUGGGAUCAGUUCUGGUGGGCAGGUGCACAUCUGACCUGGGAUCAGUUAUUGUGGGCAUAUGCACAUCUGACCUGGGAUCAGUUCUUGUGGGCAGGUGCACAUCUGACCUGGGAUCAGUUCUUGUGGGCAGGUGCACAUCUGACCUGAGAUCAGGUCUUGUGGGCAGGUGCACAUCUGACCUGGGAUCAGUUCUUGUGGGCAGGUGCACAUCUGACCUGGGAUCAGUUCUUGUGGGCAGGUGCACAUUUGACCUGGGAUCAGUUCUUGUGGGCAGGUGCACAUCUGACCUGGGAUCAGUUCUGGUGGGCUGGUGCACAUCUGACCUGGGAUCAGGUCUUGUGGGCAGGUGCACAUCUGACCUGGGAUCAGGUCUUGUGGGCAGGUGCACAUCUGACCUGGGAUCAGUUCUGGUGGGCAGGUGCACAUCUGACCUGGGAUCAGUUCUUGUGGGCAGGUGCACAUCUGACCUGGGAUCAGUUCUUGCACAUCUGACCUGGGAUCAGUUGUUGUUUGCAGGUGCACAUCUGACCUGGGAUCAGUUCUUGUGGGCAGGUGCACAUCUGACCUGGGAUCAGUUCUGGUGGGCAGGUGCACAUCUGACCUGGGAUCAGUUCUUGUGGGCAAGUCCACUCCUCCUGACUUGA